AUGGCAAGUGGAGGAAUGGUCCCCUUCCAAGUUCCAAUGCUCACCAAGAGCAACUAUGACAAUUGGAGUAUCAAGAUGAAGGCACUACUAGGAGCUCAAGAUGUUUGCAAGAUUGUUGAGAAAGGCCAUAAGGAAGUAUCGGCAAUUGUUAAUCAAUUAAGAAGAAAUGAUGACGAUGUUAGUGAAGUGAAGGUUAUAGAGAAAAUUAUUUGCACUGUAACUCCAGCGUUUGAAUACAUUGCUACAAACAUUGAAGAAAAUAAAGAUUUAGAAACUACGACUGUUGAGCAACUCAUGGGUUCUUUACAAUCCUAUGAGGAGAAACAAAAUAGAAAAAAUAAGCAAAAGGAGACAGUGGAGCAAUUACUACAAUUCAACUUGAAGGAAGAAAAUUUCAGUAAUAAUAGAGAAGAAAGAGGAAAAGGACGUGACAAAGGAAGCAGACGUGGACGUGGUCAUGGAAAAGGAAGAGAAGGAAGGGGUGGCUUCGAUAACUUCAAUAAUGGAGAAAGAAGUCGAAAUCCACAAGCAACAAAAGGACGCAGAAGAGGCAACUCAUCAUCAAGGAAUGACAAAUUCCACAUUAAAUGCUACAAUUGUAAUAAGUUCGGCGCCUCCAAGUGUAGAUCAAGGAAGGUUGAAGAAAAAGUCAAUUUUGUCGAAGACAAAGGUUUAGAAGAAGGAACAUUGCUACUAGCUUGCAAAGACAAAGAUGAAGGCCAAGAAAAUAGAUGGUAUCUUGAUACUGGAGCUAGCAAUCACAUGUGUGGACAAAGAAGAAUGUUCGUGGAGCUUAAUAAAGCGGUAAAAGGAAAUGUCUCUUUUGGAGAUGAGUCAAAAAUACUCGUGGAUGGCCAAGGUAAAAUUCUCAUAUGCUUGAAGAACGUUUACUUUGUGCCCAACAUGAAGAACAAUAUUUUGAGUUUGAGUCAACAGAAAAUGUCAUUUGCGUCAGUUUCUAACUGCCACAAUUGA